ACACAAUCUAGCAACAGACGCCGGCUGCUAUUGACCAUCCCGUGUGUUCACGCAACCAAGCACUGUUAUUGUUCUAGCGACCUAUACACGCGGGAGAAGAACACCCACUCCCGCGACAACCCAUCAUCAGAAAAAAGAGAAUAUCAUCGUCAAACAGCUGGAUAUUUGGUGCAUUUAAAGGAAUAUUUGUUAAUGAAAUGGAGGUGUAAAUACACGCAUUUUUCAAGAUGAUGAUGUCCACACGCACCCGUACCCAAAUGCCCCUUGCCACGGCGACGGUCGGCCCACAGAGCUGGAGCGAUGCUACGGUGAAUGAGAUUAAAAUUUCGCAAGCGGCUGUGGAAAAAACAGACACGGGCCAAGAAGCCGGACGUUCUUUCGAUGCCUUGCCAUCCCUUCGAGAUAAUUGUGCUCAGCAAAGUAAUACAGUCGUUCACCAGUAUGUCAGGGAAUGCAGAAUAUCACUUGUCAAACUCCGGGACAGUUUUCUUGAAACCAAUGAAGAAGUCAAAAGUUUAUUACGCGGGAAGGAGGCGCUGGAAAAGAAACUGGAACACAUUCGAAAAGACAUUGCACUCAAUAAGAUGAGCACAGAAAUCAGAAGCACACGACCAUCAAGAGAAAGGGGAAGAGAUGGUGCAGAUGACGUAGUGGAGAAAGAAUUCCGACAUCUCCAUCAACUUAAAAAGGCUCUAGAAUUGCAACUACGCUCAGUUCAGAAACAACUUCAGGUCCUAGAUCAGUGCAGGAAGCGACUUAGCGCUGUCAUCCAAGAAAGAAACAGGGUCCUAGACCUACUGUGCCAUGCCGUCUCCUCCGUCAAUGGGCGUGCUUCUCGCAACAGUGGACGCAUCUCCCGUCAAGAGAAGACCAUGACCUUUGGUGGCAAUGGCACAGGCUACACUCGUCAGAUCAACCUGAAUGUUUCGGAGUUGCUUGGUACUGGAUCGUUGCCUCCUGAUGGAGAGGAACAAAAUGGCUCCAACACACCCCCUCCAGAUCCCCUAGGCCCGUUCACCCCAGAAGCAGCAGCUGCCAUCGCUCAGGCCAGGGAAGCACGCCAGCGCUCACAAGUCCUCCGCAAGGAAAUCCGUGAUGCCAUUGAGAAUACUCAGCAGUUGCAGCAGGCUGCACACAGAGCUGUUAAUGAUAGUCUUAAUCAGAAGGUUGCUGAGACUGUCACACUGAAGCAACAUCUGACUGUAGCAGCUGGUGAGAACCGUCAUUCCAUCCACCGUGCCCAGCGUUGGUAUGACUCUACAGAGAAGGCCUUAGGCUACACCAUUGGACCUGAGAUGCAGUCUGACUUGGAGACCAGGGAGAAACUAACCCGUCCUCUGGUCCGGGUAUACCAGCGACACCCAGGCACCAACCUACCAGAAGCACAAGAUAUUAUCAGGGGUGCUGCCGGCCUAGACGAAUCACUACUCAAGACAAGCCGUAAUAUCGGUCUCCUUCAAAUGGCACAGGGUCGUCUCCAAGGCGAUAUUAGGCACAAGCAUGCCGGUGCCAGUGUCGACUCCUCGAUCGUACGGAUGCGACGUCGCCUCGCCAACCACAGAUGGGUGAUGGGAAGCGUUUGAUUGCCUCUUUUCUCGAGGUGUUGCCAUUAGGCAUGUUUGAUUGCAGAAAAAUGAAGGAAAAAAAGCAAUAUAGUCUACUCCAUUCUUUUGAAAAUAAUGAAAAAAAUACCUGAUGAAAUAUAUUAUCCCAUUAGGUAUUAUGUUGAUAAAGGGCUAGUUAUUAUAGUGCAAGGGUUGGCAAACAAUGAUUCUUAUAGACCAAUCAGACAUCAGUUUAUUCCUAAUAUUUUUUAUGCAUUUUAUUUUUUAUUUAUUUACUUGUCACUUAGUAUAUGAAUCUUAACCACCAGUCCAAUCCAAAUUGACAUUUUCAUAAUUUAACAUUUAUUGCAUACUAAAUUUCCAAUUGCUGGGAUUUUCAGUUUGAAUAAUGCAGACCUGUCUUAUCUAAUUAUAAAAUAAUAAAUCAAUCCGAUAAAUAACAAUUAUUAAAUGUAAUAACAAGGUAUGUAGUUGUGGUAAUACAACCUCAUUAAUUGAAUCAUAGAAUAAAAAAUAAAGAUAUUUUGUGAAUAAUUUGCAUUAAAAUGGAAUGAACGUGUGAUGGCUUAAUCAGCUGGGAACUGUAUAUCUGCAAUGCACCCAAGUUUUAUUUGUUCACUCUAGUUCAAAAUAUGCUGUGAAUGGAAUGGUAUGAAGUGAGUAUAUGGGAAUUUUAUUGAAUGGAAGGACAGGUUUCAAAAUGGCAGCUCUUUGUAGAUUGUCCCAUCAUCUCUGUUGUCAGCUCAUUCCAAAUGUCUUCAUUUAUGGUAAAGUGGAGUUAUCUUCUCGUCAUGCUUACUUAUACAUCUGAAAA